UCCCACCCCCACCCCCGCGCCCCUUCGCAGCCGCAUUGCAAGUUUUCUGCGCGGGGAAGAUCUGUUGCUGGUGCUGGCGUUCGCAGGCACGGAGCCCGAGGCCACCCCGGGCGGGGCGUGAGGGGAGCACCAGCCGUUGGCAGCGGCAGCAACAGGAAGACGCGGGGUCUCCUCCCGCACCUGGGAAGCAGGCUUUUCGCUAUUCCCCAGCCGGGAAUAGCCCAUCUCCCGCAUCGGUGGUGAUCGCCGCUCGGGAAUGCGGGCGUAAAGGGUCCGAGCUGCCGCCCAGUGGGGAGGAGACCCCAGGACGCCGGAAAUCACCAUCCCGAAGCUGCAAGAAGGGGGGAGACAGCAUUCUUCAUUCAGUUGUGUGCCUUGUGGGGGAUUUUUAAAAAGUCGUUAUUUUUUUUAAAGAAACAUUUCCGUGCUACUGUCUGUCAUCGUCUCUGGGGAAAUCAGCCAGAACCACCGGAACGUAACUGAAACCAGACGAGAGAGGCGGGAGCCCAGGCAGUACCUGCAGCGUCCGGGCACCAGAGCCACCUUGGAACGGGAACGCGUCUCCGGCUGCGGGGCUGCGGCUCCGCCAAACUUUGGGGCAGGCGGGGCGGUCUGGGGCGCCCAGGGGGCUCUGUAGACCGAGGGCGGCCCCCUAACCAUGAUGUUUCGCGACCAGGUCGGGGUGCUGGCGGGCUGGUUUAAGGGCUGGAACGAGUGCGAGCAGACUGUUGCGCUGCUGUCGCUGCUCAAGCGCGUGAGCCAGACCCAGGCCCGCUUCCUCCAGCUCUGCCUGGAGCACUCGCUGGCCGACUGCGCCGAGCUGCACGUCCUCGAACGCGAGGCCAACAGCCCCGGAAUCAUUAACCAAUGGCAACAGGAAUCCAAGGAUAAAGUGAUUUCCCUCCUGUUAACUCAUCUGCCUUUGCUGAAGCCAGGAAACCUCGACGCAAAAGUAGAAUAUAUGAAACUGCUGCCCAAAAUCCUGGCUCACUCUAUUGAACACAACCAGCACAUUGAGGAGAGCAGGCAGCUGCUGUCCUAUGCUUUGAUACAUCCAGCCACUUCGUUGGAAGACCGUAGUGCUUUAGCCAUGUGGCUGAAUCACUUGGAGGACCGCACGUCUACCAGCUUUGGUGGCCAGAACCGAGGCCGCUCAGACUCUGUGGAUUAUGGACAGACACACUACUAUCACCAAAGACAGAACUCCGACGACAAGCUCAAUGGGUGGCAGAACUCUCGGGAUUCUGGGAUUUGCAUCAAUGCCUCCAACUGGCAGGACAAAAGCAUGGGGUGUGAGAAUGGUCAUGUGCCCCUCUACUCCUCCUCAUCUGUCCCCACCACAAUCAAUACGAUUGGAACCAGCACAAGUACAAUUCUCUCAGGCCAGGCACACCACAGCCCUUUGAAACGAUCUGUGUCCCUUACCCCACCCAUGAAUGUGCCAAACCAGCCUCUAGGACAUGGAUGGAUGUCUCAUGAGGACUUACGAGCUAGAGGACCCCAGUGCCUCCCAUCCGAUCAUGCCCCCCUGUCUCCACAAAGCAGUGUAGCCUCUUCAGGAAGUGGUGGGAGUGAACACUUAGAAGAUCAGACCACUGCUCGUAACACAUUCCAAGAAGAAGGUAGUGGUAUGAAAGAUGUUCCAGCCUGGCUAAAAAGCCUCCGCCUGCACAAAUAUGCUGCGCUUUUCUCCCAGAUGACCUAUGAGGAGAUGAUGGCCCUCACCGAGUGCCAGCUGGAGGCGCAGAAUGUUACCAAAGGUGCAAGACACAAAAUUGUCAUCAGUAUUCAGAAGCUCAAAGAAAGACAAAAUCUCCUGAAGUCUUUGGAAAGGGACAUCAUCGAGGGGGGCAGCCUGCGCGUCCCGCUCCAGGAACUACACCAGAUGAUCCUGACUCCCAUCAAGGCCUACGGCUCCCCCAGCACCACGCCCGAGGCUCGCCCCCGGGAGCCCCAGGCCCCGCGCCAGCCCUCACUGAUGGGCCCCGAGAGCCAGAGCCCCGACUGCAAAGAUGGGGCCACAGCCACUGGCGCCACGGCCACCCCCUCGGCCGGGGCCAGUGGGGGGCUCCAGCCGCACCAGCUGAGCAGCUGCGAUGGGGAGCUGGCCGUCGCCCCCCUGCCGGAGGGGGACCUCCCCGGGCAGUUCACACGCGUCAUGGGGAAAGUGUGCACACAGCUCUUGGUCUCCAGACCCGAUGAGGAAAAUAUAAGUUCCUAUUUACAGCUCAUAGACAAGUGUCUAAUUCAUGAGGCAUUUACAGAGACACAGAAAAAAAGAUUGUUGUCAUGGAAACAGCAGGUGCAGAAGCUCUUUCGGUCUUUCCCUCGGAAAACCCUUCUAGACAUAUCAGGAUAUCGACAGCAAAGAAAUCGAGGCUUUGGGCAGUCCAACUCCCUCCCGACGGCUGGCUCUAUGGGCAGUGGCAUGGGCAGACGGAACCCGCGCCAGUACCAGAUCCCCUCUCGGAACGUCCCUUCCGCCCGCCUGGGCCUCUUGGGCACCAGUGGAUUCGUCAGCUCCAACCAGCGCAACACCACAGCUGCCCCCACCAUCAUGAAACAAGGAAGACAGAACCUGUGGUUUGCCAACCCCGGGGGCAGCAAUAGCAUGCCAAGCCGCACCCACAGCUCAGUCCAGAGGACCCGCUCGCUGCCCGUGCACACUUCCCCACAGAAUAUGCUGAUGUUCCAGCAGCCAGAAUUCCAGCUUCCCGUGACCGAACCUGACAUCAACAACAGGCUGGAGUCGUUGUGCCUCAGUAUGACCGAACACGCCCUGGGAGACGGGGUUGACCGGACCUCCACAAUCUAGAAGCUGAAGAUGAGAGUGACCGCGCUGGCCGUGAAAUCGACUGCUGCGGGUCCAGUGUCCGCCAUCUUCAGGGUUGCACAGAAUCCUCCAAGAUACUUUGCAGCCUUUCUUUCCCCUGGUCCCUCUCCCGUUUUGAUUUUGUGAGAGCGUAGGUCAUCCUCGUAAACAUAUCAGUAGACCUGGGGUUGGUUAUUUUGUCAUUUGUUUCUGUCACGGGAUGGUUUGGUGUGUGGGGUGGGGAGGGGUCUCUAGGGAAUUAUGAGACUGGGAGGGGGGCGGAGGGAGUGGAGGGAAUGCAGGUAGCUCCCUGGAUGGAAAGGGGGCAGGGGAAAGAGUACUGCCAUGAAAGAGAUAGGAGACACACAAGAGGACGGCAGAAGCCCUGGCCCUGGGGAGGCUUCUCGGAAGGCCUGGCUUUACAGGCAGGCCACAGAAGGAUAUUGUGGGCAUGUGCACCCAAAGCAAGAUAGUGGCUUGCCUUUUAUAUCCAAUCCCAUCCUGAUUAGAUUUCCCUGAGGCCCCUGCUGGAAGCAGCCAUAGGAGAGGGCCCAUGGCAACGGGGGAAAGAAGGAAGAAAUUCCCUCCAACAAAACUUCAGCUAAACUUUGAUUUGUGUAUUGUUUACAUAAUAAUUUUAAAGGGUACAUAAUGUGUAAAGAGUUUGGAUAGAACCUCUCUUCAUACUAUGGUUUUUGUAAAGGAUCUGUUGUUGUUAUGGAUUCAUUUUUUUCCUCUAUUUUUGUAAGAGCAGCAGAGUGUCUUUUUAAAACGGCUGCUGAGCUCUGUUUCUUGGGAAGAUGGAUGCAGUCACGUAGGCCUGAGCUGUCCGUCUUUCACCGUUAGGCAGGAGGAGCGUGUGGGUGGACUUGAAGGACAUGGACGUGGCCAGAAUGAGCACAGCAUUGGGUGAGUGCACAAGGAUGAGGACAUCAUGUGAUCAGUUAUGGGUUUGCUCGCAGGGCACCCAGAGAUUCUCAAAGAAUCCUGCAGCCUCUUUCUGUGCUGGAUUUGCAUGUCAUGGAGAGGCCUCCCUCCCUUUCCUCCCCACCCAUGGGGCAUUAUCCUGUCACUCCCAGCCUUGCCCCCCACACACACAGGUGGGUACAAGUUCCACUGGAGGAGAAGAGGCAAGGAUGGACUUUUUCCCCUUGUGAGAGGUUUGAUACCCAGAUAACGAGCUCAAAACCUUUACAUUAGGAUCGCUUGUAGGAACUCGAGCCUGGAGGCUGCAUCCACUUCACCCAUCACUGCUGAGGAAAAGGAGGGAAGAAAGGCCCAGCAACAGUGUACAGAGGGUCCGUCAGCAAGUGCCAGAGAGUGCAGGAAGGGAGAUGUUUGGCCCACACGGCGCAGCCCCACCUUCCUCGGUGGGCGAUGAAAGAUGUAGGAAAGGUUGAUUUCACGAUGGAAAUGACAGCGCUAUCCGCACAGUAUGAAUUAGGGAUUUGCUGUGUUGGUUGAUUUAUCCAUCCACACAGAGGGGAGGGAAAAGACACUGGUUACUUGGUGGGAGAUUGAGAAACUAUGGUACCUACCACAAAGUAAUAGCUCUGUCUGUGAAGGGCAAGAAAGGCUACAUUUCAGAAUUUGACGCAGUGGAGGGUAUUAGAGGAAAUCAAAGAGGAGUUAACUGUGUGGAAAAUCAGGUUGUGUAGAUGAAGGUAUGAAUGCUUGGCCGGAGGCAAGAUCAGGGAGAUGGUACAAGACCUGUUUGUUACAUGGAUGAGUCGGGUGCCUUUCUUUUUUUUUUUUUUUUUUUUUUUUGUGUGUGUGUGUGUGUGUGUGUAUGUAUGUGUAUGUGAAGUCAGAGUUGAAAUUCAGAAGAUCAGACUAUGGAAAUCACUGUCUUUUUUUUUUUUUUUUUAAGCUAAUGAACUACAUACAGACCUAAAAGGCCUUAAUGAAAUCUGAACAAUUUUCUUUUACUUUCAAGAUCAAAAACAUACACCCAACCCAGUCUUGGAUGCCGCCACCAGGUUUUUGAAGUCAAUUUGAGUCUAAGAAGGUGAGAACAAUGUAACCAUAGAAAACCUUUCGUGAGCAUAGAAGGCUUGAAGCCACAAUUUCAUGCAAUGAAUUAAAAAGAAAAAAGUUUCAGACCUCUCCUUGGGUGACUAAGUUCUAAAGAUGCAAAUCCAUGUGCAGAAAAAGAUGGCAUUUUUUAGUUGAUUAUUUUUAACCAAGUGCCAUUAACAUUCAUCCCCCACAUCCCUUUUCUAAACAAGCUUAGUGUUACUUGGGGGAUGUGUUGGGAUGGAUGAUCACAUGUAAGGCAGGAAGAAUAGGUCAAAGGUUGAAGGCCAAAGGUAAGACCAGAGGGUUUGCGAAUGUGGGUUUGUAGGAUACUGAGAAAGCGAAUAAAGAGGAGAAAAAACCAUGGUGUUACACAUCUCGCUGAGAAAGGAAAGCAUUCGGAUCUGCUGCAAAAACACAUAUAUCCAUAAAGACUCAUGUUAUUCAGAAAACAGAUUGUGAACACAAUCACAUUCGCAUGAAUCCUUUAAAAGGAAGAAGACCUUAAAGUAUUUGCAAAUCUGAAUUUCUAUUUAUUCCUUCACUGAAUAUAGAAACAAUGGUUAUCUGAUUAUUAGAGAUAUUAUUUUGGAUAUGUUACUUAUUAACUUGCUAUGGCUGGUAACCAUGAUAAAGUCUGUUAUUAAUAACAACAUAAUUCUUUUUUUAAAGAAGAAAAGCUUAUUUUUCAUUGACAGUGUAUAGAUUUAUCUACUUAGUUGUGUUUUGCUAUUAGUGUUUUAAUUUUUUUUUUAAGUUGAGUGUUUGAUAAAUUUUAAGAGCCUGUCCCCACCUUGUUUUGAGUCCUGUGUUGACUACAGGUAUACAGCUCAAUUUAAAAAUCCUAAAGCAAAAGAAUUUUAUUUAUAAAAGAAUCAAACAGUUGCAUGCAUAAGGCUGUGAAGUCAGAUAUUUAGUAAUAAAAGCAGCAGUGCCUUUUUUUGUAUUUACCCAUUGACCCCCACCAAAUGCAACUGUUUUAUAUUAAGAAAAUAGUAACAAUUUUAAAAUCUCAGAGUAAAAUCUAUUUCACUACAUGUUUUCCCCCUUGUUCUGAUUUAAGCAGUGUGUACUUGGCAUCUCUACAUUGUCCUAGGGACAGUGGUAUUCUACAAUAUUGUUAUCAUGUAUGAUGUUUUAUUGGUGCUUUUUAUUCAUAGUGGCUUCUUACCAGAAACAGUAGGAAGAAACACAUGAACUGUGUACAAGACAUUAAACAUUGCUGCUGAUAUGUUGUUGUUUUUUCACAUGCUUUUGAGUUUUCACUUUUUAAACGAGAGCCAGCAAGCAAAAUAGACGUGGCUGGGUCUGCCUGUCGGGGCGGCUCUUUGCACCGAGCUCUCAAAUCCUGUGUAUUGAGGGUUCCUUUUUGGUACUCAGGAUUGGAGCUAGAGCUGGGCCCCCCUCUCUCCCAUUCGUUUGAAGAGACACUGAGGGAAACAAGGGUUUCUUUUGAGGUGUCCUUGGCUGCCUUUUACGGGAUGGGAGCCUUCUCCGGGUCUUUUGUUCUUCUGCACCUCUUGUAGCUACUGCCGGUGCAAGGUUGUAGAUGUGUGUUCCCCAGGAGCCUGGGCUGGGGGGAUGAGCUGGGCUGAAUGCAAAGGCAUGCAACCAGAAGGCGGGCGAGGGGACAAAAAGCAGGCCCGGUCUCAUUGGUCCCUGGAGAUGUUUAUAGCAGUUAGCUCCAGCUUGGGCCUGGGGAAGCAGCCUGACCAAGGCGCUCGGGUGUGCCUGUUACAAGAAGAACCUGCAGAAGGAUAAUUUGCACAUGGAGCUGUGAUAACACUAAUGUUGAUUUUUUUUUUUUUUUUUACAAGUCAUCAGAGAUGUUUGCAAAGUGAGUUUUAUUUUUUUGUAAUUCCUUUAUCUUUACUUAAAGGUGAAUGUGUAUUCCUCUGGGAGGAAUAGGAAGAAAACAGGAAUGUUAAUAAUGUCGAACAGAAAACUUCCUCCCUUAUUAAUAUAUAAUCCUCAUGUAUUUAUGCCUAAUGUAAGCUGACUUUUAAAAAGCUUUCUUUUGUUGCAUGCCCUGUGCAGGCAUCUGUAUUGUACAUGCAUGCCUUUCGUCCUGUUUUCCUGUAUAAAGUUAGUGAACAAAGAAAUAUUUUUGCCUAGUUCAUGUUGCCAAGCAAUGCAUAUUUUUUAAAUUUGUCAUAUAUGGAAAGAGCAUGUUUGUUACAUGUAAAAGCUUUACUGAUAUACAGAUAUACUAAUGUUUGAAGAUGCUGUUCUUUGCAAGUGUACAGUUUUCAAAUGUUGUUACCAGUGAAACACCCUUGUGGUUUAAACUUGCUACAAUGUAUUUAUUAUUCAUUUCCUCCCAUGUAACUAAGAAUCAUGGCUAUAUUUCAUAUCAACGUUAUAUUGAAAGUGAAGGGAAAUGAUUAAUACAAGGUUUUGUAACA